CAUGCCACCGACCAUGGAGAGUGGGAGAUGUCGAUGAGCUGAGCAUGAACAACCCGGCAAAUCUUUGGCAGUCACCGUCGAUAUUGAACCAUUGCAGGACCCUCAAGUCCGUCAAGAUCGUGCAGGCCCUCCUCUGCAAAACCGGCAUCGACAACGAUCCUGUGUUCGCCGGGAAACUCCUCCACUGCGCCAUCACCAUCUCCGAUGCCCUCGACUAUGCUCGCCGUCUCUUCCUUCACUUCCCGAACCCCGAUACGCUCAUGUACAACGUCCUCAUUCGGGGUUUUGCCGAGUCCGAUACCCCUCGUAAUUCCUUUUCAUUGUUCAGUGAAAUGCGUCGGAAAUCGGUCGCUCCCCCUGACAGCUUUUCUUUUACGUUCGUGCUUCAAGCAGCUGCGAAACUGCGGUCUUUGCGGGCUGGAAUUCAGUUGCAUUGUCAAGCUCUGGUUCAUGGGCUGGACACCCAUGUUUUUGUCGGGACGACUAUGAUAAACAUGUACGGUGAAUGCGGGCACGCUGAUUUCGCGCUGCAAGUGUUUGACGAAAUGCGUGACCCAAACGCUGUUUCUUGGAAUGCGAUUAUCUCUUCCUGUUUUCGGUCUGGGGACUUGAAGCUUGCUAAGACUAUGUUUGAUGCCAUGCCUUUUAGGAAUUCAACUUCGUAUAAUGUCAUGCUUGCAGGAUACAUGAAAGCAGGACAGCUUGACCUUGCUAUGGAGGUGUUCUCUGCGAUACCCUUGAAGGAUGAUGUAUCUUGGAGUACUAUGAUUGUUGGAUUUGCACAUAGUGGGUGUUUUGACGAGGCUUUCAGAUUUUUCAGGGAUUUGCAGCGAAUAGGAAUGAGACUAAAUGAGGUGAGCUUGAGUGGAGUCUUAUCUGCAUGUGCCGAUGCAGGGGCAUUUGAGUUUGGGAAAGUAUUACACGGAUUAAUAGAUAAAAGUGGCUUUUCAAAUAUCAUCUCUGUGGCUAAUGCAUUGUUGGAUACUUACUCUAAGUGCGGUAAUAUACGCAUGGCUCGGUUGGUUUUUGAAAUGAUGCUACACAGAAGAAACAUUGUUUCAUGGACUUCAAUGAUUUCAGGCUUGGCCAUGCAAGGUUACGGGGAAGAAGCAAUAGAACUUUUCCAUCAAAUGAAAGGGUGUGGAAUUGUGCCCGAUGGCAUAACCUUUAUUUCCAUCCUAUAUGCUUGUAGUCAUUGUGGUUUGAUUGAAGAAGGUCGCAAGUACUUUUCUAUGAUGAAAGAUGUGUAUGGAAUAGAACCAGCCGUUGAGCAUUACGGUUGUAUUGUUGAUUUAUAUGGCAGGGCUGGUCAACUUCAGAAGGCCUAUGACUUUGUCUGUCAAAUGCCUGUUGCCCCUACUUCUUUCAUUUGGCGAACACUUCUAGGGGCUUGCAGCAUAUAUAACAAUGUCAAGAUAGGGGAGCAAGUUAGAGAAAGGCUUUCUGAGAUUGAUCCCCUCAAUUCUGGUGACCAUGUGCUGCUGUCGAAUAUAUAUGCUGUUGCAGGGAAAUGGAGGGACGUUGCUGCAAUUAGAAGAUCAAUGAGGGAUCAGAGAAUGAAGAAAACUCCUGGUUGGAGCAUGAUUGAAGUAGACAAGGCAAUGUAUAGUUUUGUUGCUGGUCAAAUGCGGGGUGAGAUUGCUGAAGAGGCUAAUGAGAAGUUGACGGAGAUUACAUUGAGACUAAGGGUUGAAGGAGGUUAUGUUCCGGAGGUCAAGAUGGUCUUACAUGAUCUAGAAGAGGAGGAAAAAGAAGAUUCAGUGUCUAGGCACAGUGAAAAGCUGGCUGUAGCAUUUGGAAUGUUAAGAUCAAGCAAGGGCAGCACUAUAAGAAUAGUGAAGAAUUUGAGGGUUUGCAGGGAUUGUCAUGCAUUUAUGAAGCUCGUCUCCAGACUCUAUAAACGAGAGAUUUUGGUGAGAGACAGAAGUCGCUUUCAUUUCUUCAGAGAUGGUUUUUGCUCAUGUCGAGAGUACUGGUGAUGGUUGAGUAAGAACAGUUAAUGGAGACUUCGUGCUGGAAAUCAUGACAUGAAGAAGAUGCAGCCUGAAGG